UCACCGCUGUUGUUUUCGUGGUGUUUUAUUGAUAAUAAAUAAAUACACGAUUAUUGCGAAAUAUUAUAAUUCCAUCGCGAUGAUUAGCAGUAUUUGUAACUAGUGCAAUAAAAAAAACGUAGUCAAUCUCGGACUUUCUUAGAAAUAUAGGUUUCUACUUUGUGCAAUCUACCUACAUCGUCAGGCAUAUUUUCGUAAAUAAUUGCUGUGACUUCGUAUUCAAUAACUUUUAUUGUAAAGGACGUAUCUAAAGGUUAUAGUGUAAUGCGCAUUAUUUGCAGAGGAUCGUAGAUCAGUUUUUGUUAUUAAGACUUCGGAGACAGAUUUGGUCUAAUGACUUGAUUGGCACCGGGACACCAUGACGUCGUUCGCAAAUAUGACACAGUCGCUGGCUGCCAGCCUGCCAGCCACUUCGACUUCAUCGUCGGGCUCCACCCACAAUUCCACUGACCAAGAAGACCCACUCGCCAUGUCCAACAUCAUAUGUAGCCUGCUUGAAAACAUGAACAAACCGUCAAGCUUGCAAGGCCCAUCAAAUGCUAAUUCUUCAACCAUACCCUACGACAUCUGGGCCCUACCGACUUGCAGUACCUUACAAACACCCAUCGGAAGCUCCAGUCGUGAGUAUGCGUCUACUUCUAACAAUAAUAAUACGAGUCAUUCCAAGGAGGAUAACUCCAGCGGCUCACCCGGAACUUCAUCUUCGGUUUCAAUCACCUGUUUCCGCUGCGAGGAACGCACACCCACCACGCGUUGCCUCGAAUGCAAUGAUCUUUUUUGCCAUGAAUGUUGCCAUAAAGUAACAUCGGAUUGCCAGUUACGUGAACAUACGUUGUUACCCAUUCAUCAAAUUUCUCCAAUUGGUGCCAGACCCAAUUCUGUGACCAAUGAUAAAGAAGUUAUGUACUGUGAAUUGCAUUGUGAUCCUGUUAGAUAUUAUUGUGAAGCUUGCAUUAUAUUUAUUUGCCAGGAAUGCACUCUGUGGGUGCACAAAGAUCAUUGCUAUUCACCGAUAAAGGGUGCAUUAGAUAUGUGUCGCAUUGGCGUAUUUCGUGCAAUCGAGGACACAAAGACUGGGACGAAGGCAAUUAAAACGGCAAUCGACCGCGCUGUGGCUAUGUCGAAGGCAUAUGAAAAGGAAACAGCUGAAGCUAAUAUGAAAAUAAGAAAAGCUAUGCGUUGUUUCGCUCAAGCUAUUGAAGAUCGUGAGAAAUAUUUAUUAGAUAAAGUAGAAAAAAUGCGUCAAGCAAAAAUGAAUGAGCUGACCGAUCAUAUGAAUACGUUGCGUGGUAUUUUAGCCGGUUUGGCUCAUACAAAUGAGACUCUAGUAAGAAGCAUGGACUCGGAAGGUAUUGACUUAUUUAUGGCCAAAGAGAAAGGAAGAGCGCAAGUUGAUUAUUUCUCAUGUAUGUUUAAAAAUAUGUAUAUAACUGAAGAGCGUAUAAUGUUCAUACCUCCGAAUUAUGAUUUAGUUGAUCAAAUCAAAAGGCAGUGCGAUGUACAGUCUGCGCCAGCAAACGCUUUGCACUCACUAACAUCGUCAUCAUCGCUUCAAUCACGCCAGUCAUUACUGCAGUCCCUGCAAACAGCUCAAACUUAUCCACCGCUGACUUAUAACAUGUCGGUAACGAACAGUCUGCGUUCUUUACCGGAUUAUACAACCAGUCAUACGAGAUCUACAAAUUACUACGAUACUAGCAUUUCAUCUAGUAUCUCAAUGGACUCUAAUCCCGCUCGCGGAAUCGGGCAAGCGAUCCCUGGCUACUGGAUGUCAGUUUCAGUAAAACCCACAAGAAGCCCUGUUCCAGGUGUCCCUAUGUUUUCUUUUGGUAGAGAGGGUCAGGAUGAAGGACAAGUAUCUAGACCAUGGGGACUCUGCGUAGACAGGGAGGGCAAUAUCAUUGUAGCUGAUAGAAGAAACAACCGCAUUCAGAUAUUCAACAACCGCGGUGAAUUUAGAACUAUGUUCGGCUCGAAAGGUACUGGACCUGGCGAGUUUGAUCUACCAGCGGGAAUAACUACAGACACUUACGGUCGUAUUAUAGUUAUUGACAAAGACAAUCAUAGAGUGCAGAUAUUCACAUCUUCCGGUAACUUUAUCUUGAAAUUUGGAUCGUUCGGAAAGGAAUGUGGACAGUUCCAAUAUCCUUGGGACGUUGCUGUAAAUACUUUAGGUAAUAUUGUCGUAACAGACACGCGUAAUCAUCGUAUCCAGUUAUUUACUAGUGACGGGACGUAUAUAACUAAGUUUGUGUUCGAGGGGGCUAAUCCUGCCAAGAUGCUUAAAGGACCUACUACGCCUAGAGGCGUGUGCUUCACGACAUCCGGUAAUAUCAUAGUGUCUGAUUUUGAAAACCAUCGUUUGCUUAUGGUUGAUCCGACCCUAUCGAAGGUGUUACACUGUGUCGGUCGUGAAGGUUCCGGUAUCGGAGAACUUAAUCGCCCCUCUGGCAUAGUGACGGACGACGACGGACGUAUAAUAGUGGCUGAUUCAAAGAAUCACCGCGUUCUUGUGUUUACUUCUGAGUUACGUAUUCUGUGGGCAGUCGAUCUCAAGAGCCCCGGUUUAGACGAUAAGGACCGGCCCAGCGACGUGGCCCUCACCCCCGAGGGCUACCUCGUUGUGCUGUUCGAGACUUUGCCCGACACCGCCCGCGACAUCUCUUCCCACGGCAAGCAAUACAUUAAGGUAUACUGACUGACUAGAUACGUAAAAGUAUAAUUACAUUGUGGACCGUAGGUCUCUUAUAUUAUUAUAAUGAAUUUUUUGUUUUGUUUAAGUUGUGAUUGAUUUCAUAAUGUGCCAAUUUUAUUAUAUUUGUGAAAAUCCGGAUCGAGCAUAGCUUGUACGGAGAAUUAGUAUUUGUUCAUGAUUUACAAAGGUUUGCACAAAUCGAAUUCUCCUUAAAUUCUUUGAAUACUUUUGUUACCAUAUAAUUUUGAUUUCGUUUCCGUAUUCGACUAGUCUUUAAGGGCCAAACGGUGUUUGCGAUGAAGUAACGACACUUUUUGUGGCAGUUUAUAGCUUUCAUAUAUUAAAUCAUAUCCAUGAAACACCAAAUCUAAUGAACAGGACAUACUUCGAUUAUAUUUUUUAUCGAACUCCUUAUGCAAUGCAUAAUAAAUGAAACAAAUCGUCAAGAUUAUUAUUAUAUGAUAAAAGAUCACGAUGUGAUUUAAAAGAUGUUUUUUAUGUGAGAUAAUUUAAAAUUAGCUUGAAAAGUAUUCUUUUCCAAAAUGUUACUUUUUGCGUUCUUUUACUUGUUUAAUUAAUUGAUUAUUUCAGACGCUAGAAUGUAGGUUUUUUGUGAAUUAUUUUGCGUAUUAUAGACAUUACGUUUUCUUUGCGGAUUAUAGAAGUGUGGCUAUUUAUUUUCGCCCAUUUUGAUUAUAUUAUAUUUAGUUUAUAGCUAUUUUCUCGACUGCGUUUAGACUUUUAAAAACUCGGUAGGGAAGGGGUGGAGACAACUGAGCUAAGAAAUUAAAUGCAAUAAACUUUGAGACUGACUUUAGAAGACUGUCUUAAAGAUGAUGGCGGGGGUGGCGCGGCGAGGGGAAGGCAUCGCUCGAUCGCGUAAUGCAAUUUUUUACCAAUAUUUAGGUAUUACAUUAUAAAAUUCUUAUGCACACCUUAUUGCUACGUGAUUCUUUUUUAUUUUUAUUAUUUUCUGAAAUUUAUUUUGUUAUCUUAUGUAAUUGGUAAAAAAAUUCGACUGGAUUUAUGGGCUGAUUUUAUUUUUAUAUAUUAAGAACUGAUUUAAAUUGAAAUAAUUAGCUUCUAAUUUAUUAUUUUUAUAAUAAUUAUGAUAAUCUCUUAUAAUUUAAACGAACUGAGUCGCGAUGACUCUCGUUUAAUUAGGUAAUUGGAUAGAUAUAUUAUGUUGCGGGGAAUUAAUUCUAUCGGUCACUUAUUUCAGGAGGGCAGGCAGAGGAUACGCAUAUUGUAAAGCCCUUCCGUGCUUUUUAUCCAUUAUUUGCUUAUUUCACAGCAGAAUUCCAUUAGCCACUAACUGAAUGAGUUUAUGAAAUUAUAUUUAUGUAUAUUUCAUUUAGACACAGCUUUUAAUUUGAACGCAAAUUAAGUAUUUGCCAAAAUAACAAGCACAUCCCAAUCUUGCCUGUCUUCGUGUGAUAAUACGUAGCAAUUAUUCAACGCGAAUAUUCGGCUAGUUAAAAUAUUUUAGCAAAAUUCAUCCCUCAAAAUUGAUUAUUGUAAUAAAUUAACAUAAAGUAUAUUUUAUAAUCUUCUAAGUAUAUCGAAUGUAUUCGAUUUAACAUGUGUUCAGUCUGUAUGUGUUCACUAUUUAAAUGUAGGUUAGAUUAGGGCCGGUCGGUUCCAGAACUAUCAUUAUCUAGUUAAAUUGCGUGCUGUAGGCUAAUCGUUGAAGUACCGCUUCCAAAAUAGUAUUUAAUUCUUAAUAUAAUGUACGUUAACGUAAUAUUAUCGAUGUUUAGUCACUGGUUUGCCUUGUCAGCACCACAGAACUAUAGAACGUAUAUCGUAUGGAAUCCUAUUAAUCGUCCUAUGAACUUAUUCGCCUUUAGAAUCUGUAUCUUAAAUACCAAAGCUAUAUAUAUAUCAGUGUUAAGACACACGACCGUAUAACCGCUUCUUAGAUUAAAUAAAAUUAACAGUGAGUAGUUUGAGCUCAUUAAAAAGCAAUGUCUCCCAUAUUCAAGCAUAAUUUUAGGUAAAUUUAAUGAUAGAAUAACAUUUUUCACGUUUUGUACUUAGGUUAAAUUAGAUUAAGUCGUGAUGCCGUUUCGACACAUAACUUCAAACAAAGAUUCGCUAUGGAGUACUGGGUCAUUUAGUGAUGACUUUUAGCAAUAGAUUAAUGAAGUAUGGCUUGAUAUAGUGGAAAUUAUUGUUUGAAGUGAAAUAAGUACUGAGGGACUAGCGCUCUAUUAACGUUUUUGGGUAUUGUUGUCUUUGCUUUGCGUCCCAUAGUGUCAUGAUUCCAUCGGGCAUUUCACAAAGAAAAUUGUACAGAUAGUAUAUAAUUGAUAGCAAUAAUUUGGCAGUAUUAUAUCUGGUAUUGAAUAAUGAAUAUUGUAAAUUUAUUACCUCUGUGCAAUUUUGUGCUACAUUGGUAAGUCUGUAAUCGAAAAUAUUCGGAAUAUGAUAAAAUUUAAGCAUUGGAUAAAAAUAUUUAACUACCCACAUGUUAUGUAAGGCAAAGACAACAAAUAUAAAAUUAAAAUGAACAUGCAGUACCUAGUUUGCGUCUUUUACGGUCAAUUAAGGGAAUUCCGCUAAAACAGUAGUUUUAUACUAAUUUUUAUUUCAUAUCAUAAAUAAUUAAAGUGAAUAUUACUUAAUUUUUUUUUUCAGUGCCAUUAUUAAAAGUAUUAUGUUAUUUUUAAAAUAAUAUGUUGCAUGAAAUGCAUUUUUUUAUAUUAUUAAAGGUUUUACAAAAUUAUAAACUCGAAGUCAGAUCGAUAAUUAUUUUUGUAUUGACGACUGAAUCUCGGUAUUUUAGACAGUGAUUUACAAUUUUGCAUAAACAUUAUUAAAAAGGAUUUGCCAAGCAAAUUCAAGUAAAUAUUUUGCUAUAACUUCAUGGUAUUGAAUGUAGAUUUUUCAACUUGCAACAAAUCUUAUUCUUAAUUUCUGGUCACGUAACAGAAUCCAAACCACUGAGUAGUUUAAUAUUUAAAUUACGCAACAAUUUGUAAAUUAUUUUUAAAUAAUCGUAAGUCUGCAUUUUAUACUGAUAACACAUUUAAUAUGUGCAAUUCAUUCGGUCUUUGCAUUCUGUUAUCGCAUCAGACGAAGAGAAUCUAAUUCUAAAUAGUUAGUCUUGAAAAUGACUGCUUAAUGUUACUAUUAAAUAUAAUUUUUAGACUUUCAUAUGAUUUUGUCAUUAGUUAUGUUUAGAUUUAUUUUGUUAACACUUUUCGUGAAGUGAAUGGCCGGCGAGGUCUAGGGCAGAUUUGAUCGAGCUCCACUUUGAAACAAACGGUAUGUUACACAUACGUCUCGAACGUUCAUAUGGAUCUGCUCUACCGCCUCGCCUCCCAUUAACAUGACCACUUUGUAAAAGUGAACCAAAUUCGAAGCGCAUAAUAUUUUGAUGUAAUCACCCAAGUCAGAGAUUUGAUCGCGAAACGAUAUUGUGAAAUGUGACAGCUGCUAGCUACUAGCAGUAUAAAUGUGGUUUUGUGAUAGAUACAAUAAAAUUGAGAACUUAUUCGAAGCUUGAUGGUAAUUUUUCUACGAAGUUUUUCGCCGUUUGAAUUAUUGUCAAACGCCAAAGGAACGCAAUGUGGUUUCCUUAUAAAACGGUGUUGUGGUAAGACGCAAUACGAUAACUGCAUGAGUAAUGUACGAUCGUAUGAGAUUCUAGCGGAUUGUAUUGAGCCAUUAUAUUUGUGCUAUUUUUAAUGUUAACUAGGCUUGCGUUGUGUUAGUCUUAGUGCAAUCUCAGCCAUCCAUCUCCCCUUUCGUACGUUAAUGACAUAAUAUUAUAAUCGAACAUUUAUCGUAGUUAAUGUAAACGUAUUCAAAAUACUCCUUCAUAGCGCGUAGUGUGUGGAUAAGCUUACGAUGAAAUCUUAGUAAAAAUAGCAGAAUAAUAUUGGAGGGGAGAUGAAUGUCGGCGAGUUUCUAUUUAGUGUACUCGUAAGUAGUAUUUUUGUAUUCGUUCCUCGGUCGGACCGGUCAUUAUGUCUGGUCUGCGGGGAAGAUCACGUGUCAAAGUCAUUUGUGAUACGUCAGACAUCUGAGUAUGCCGAACCGUAAAGGUCUACGUACGAACUCUAUAUACUCCCAAAGCGUAACAAAAAUGACUAGACGCGUGCAUAGUUACAUUAGACCGAAAUCUACCUCACUUGCAAAAGCAUAAAGACUGAUAUGAAUUAAUGUGUCGGUGGUCAGAUCACUGCGUUAGAAGUCUGUUGUCUACUAGAUUAAGCAGAAUUCUUACUCGUAAUUACUUCACUUAAAUUAAGCGUCCAAUAAUCGAGGCAAAAUUUUUGUUGAAACGAAGUCGACAACAGUCUUUUUCUUUUAUAAUUAUGUAUAUCUUACGUUACUCUCCUGUAAUAUUGUUGAAAGAAGACUGAUAUUUUAUAAAUGUUCCUAUAUUUUAAUUUAGAAUAAUUUACUGCCUACCAUAUUUCAUUUAUUUUUUAACCCUUCGGUAAUGAACGUUACUUUGACUCUUGUAAUCUUAUCAAUUGUGCAUGACGCUAUAUUAUGUCAUGGAUUUUUUGAAAAUUUUAAUGCAAUUUUGUAUGAAAAUUAAUCAAGUGAUUGAUAAAUAA